ACAGUCACCUACCCUGACCUUUGCCAGCAUUUCCAAACACAACAAAUUUGCUUCAAAUUGAGUUAUUUGGAACUGUGACUUUUGCUCAACAAGAAAUUAGCAAGAAGACCUUGGAGCCUGGGCAAGCAGGAGAAAUGAGAAGCCCUUGGAGCAUCUCUGCUUUUUUGGUUUUGUGCCUCUGGAUCCAAUCGAGUGCCUAUGGACAAAGCCCAAGACCAGAGCCACCGGGAAGACGGCCUGCAGCUGUCAAGGCCAAGACAGUGCUGCGGGAGACGACGACUCGAUUCCUGCUCUUCCCGGGGGAGGAGGAGGCAGGCUGUCAGAUCCGGCUCCAUGCCCCGGACACACUGCGCCAGUGUGGCUUCAACACCUCACGCCCCUUGGUGAUGAUCAUCCACGGCUGGUCGCCCUUUCUCAUAGAGAGAAGGACGCAGCCCUACCCCCGAGUUGGCGAAGAGGAAGAGGUGGACGGCUUCCUGGAGAGCUGGAUCUGGCAGAUGGUGGCCGCGCUCAAGACGGGACCUGCCCAGCCCGUGAACGUGGCGCUGGCAGACUGGAUCAGCCUGGCCCACAACCACUACGCCCUGGCCGUGCGCAACACGCGCCUCGUGGGCCAGGAGGUGGCCGCCCUGGUGCGCUGGCUCGAGGACACGCUUCAGUUCUCCCCGAACAAGGUGCAUCUGGUCGGGUACAGCCUGGGCGCUCACGUCUCAGGGUUCGCUGGCAGUUACCUGGGCAGCAAACACAAGAUUGGGAGAAUCACAGGCCUGGACCCUGCCGGCCCUAUGUUUGAAGGCACGUCUCCCAGUGACCGCCUUUCGCCAGAUGAUGCCAAAUUUGUGGAUGCCAUCCACACCUUCACGAGGGAGCACAUGGGCCUGAGCGUGGGGAUCAAACAGCCCGUAGGCCACUAUGACUACUACCCCAACGGGGGCUCCUUCCAGCCAGGGUGCCAUUUUCUUGAGCUCUACAAGCACAUUGCCAACCACGGCUUGAACGCUCUGGCCCAGACCAUCAAGUGUGCUCACGAGCGUUCCGUGCAGCUCUUCAUCGACUCCUUGCUCUACCGCGAUACACCAAGCAAGGCCUAUCUGUGCAGUGACAUGGACAGCUUCAGCCAGGGCCUGUGCCUGAACUGCAGGAAGGGCCAGUGCAACACUCUGGGCUACCACACCCGGCAGGAGUCGCACAGUAAGAAGAGCAAGAUGCUCUUCCUGGUGACCCGGGCCCAGUCCCCCUUCAAAGUUUAUCAUUACCAGUUCAAGAUGCAGUUCAUCAACCAAAUUGAGAAGCCCGUGGAGCCGACUUUUUCCAUGUCCCUCUUCGGAAUGAAAGAUGAAGUACAUAAAAUCCCUAUCACUCUGGGUGAGGGCGUCAUCAGUAAUAAAACCUAUUCCCUUCUCAUCACACUGGACUCGGACAUCGGUGAGAUCAUCAUGAUCAAGUUCAAGUGGGAAAACAGUGCCGUGUGGGCCAACGUGUGGAACACAGUCCAGACCAUUUUCCCCUGGGGCAAAGGGCCCCUGUACUCAGGCCUCAUCCUAACAAACAUCAGGAUCAAGGCAGGAGAGACCCAGAAAAGGAUGACAUUCUGCUCGCAGAACAAAGAAGACCUGCAGCUGCACCCGACCCAGGAGAAGACCUUCGUGAACUGUGAGGUGAACUCCAGAUCCCAGCCUCGAGCCAGAUGAGCUGGGACGAGAAGCUGGCACCGGGAAUCAGUGGCUUCACACCCAGUCUGAAGGGUGGCCUGGCCUGGAAACCACAGUGCAUGGAAUUUCAAUAAAGUUUAAAGGGAAAGUUCAUGUCACUCAACAAACUGAGCUUUUAAAAACUGUAUUAUGUAACUAUAUGCAAAUAUUGGUGUAACUGGAAUACUCCCAAUUCUAUCUCCGAUUAGAUGGUAAUAUAUGCAAAUAAGUAUAAAUAUAAGAGCCAUUUUAGA